GUAACCCCAACCCCCCAGUAUUUCAUUAGCAUUAUUAUUUAUGAAAAUGCUGGUCUCCUCCCCUCGCCCUAGUGGUCAGCGGAAUUUAUGAGUCCUGAGCAAUAUAGACCUGGACAGGACAGCGCGCAUGAGUGUUUAAAGAGACUCACAGGCUGACUGAACAAGCUGUUCCGGUGUAAAAGAGUUUGAUCAAUAUCUGUAUAUUACAUUUGUCAUUUUAUUUUUGAUUUUUUUAUUUCACUGAUCAUGGAAAAAGAAACUGAGCGAAACAUGAUGACAGAGUUCUGGAAGGAACAUUCCAAGUUCGCUACAGUAGAAGAGAUGAUGCUGGACUCAAAUGCUCAGGAACUGACCCAACAUGAGCUGCCCGAGAUUCUCUCCAUGCUCCCGUCUCUGGCUGGUUCUGAUGUGCUGGAACUUGGUGCUGGAAUUGGCCGGUACACACGCCACCUCAUUGGCAAGGCUCGUCACGUGACCGCAGUGGACUUCAUGGAGAAGUUUGUGGAAAAGAACAGAUUGGACAACAGUCACCUGGGCAGUGCUGAAUUCAUCCAAGCUGAUGUCACAAAGCUAGACUUCCCUAAACACAGUUUUGAUGUGGUCUUCUCUAAUUGGCUGCUGAUGUAUCUGAGUGAUCAAGAGCUGAAGUCACUGGCUGAGAAGUUCCUCAUGUGGCUCCGUCCAGGCGGCUACCUCUUCUUCAGAGAGUCCUGCUUCCACCAAUCAGGUGACAGAAAGCGUGAUUUUAACCCCACACACUACAGAAGCCCUGCUUACUACAACCACUUGAUGACCUCACUCCUGCUGGAUGAAUCAGAGAAGACAGAAAAGAAAUGCUACGGGUUUGACAUGGUGCUUAAUAAGACAGUUCAUACCUAUGUAAAGAUGAAGAACAACCAGAACCAGUUGUGUUGGCUCAUGCAGAAAGUUCACCGUGAUGUGGUACAGCAGCAUCAGGGUGGCUUUUCCACAUUUCAGGAGUUUCUAGAUAACCAGCAGUACACCAGAACGGGAAUCUUGCGUUAUGAGAAGAUGUUCGGAUCAGGAUACGUCAGCACAGGCGGAAUCAGCACAACCAAGGAGUUUGUUGAUAUGCUGAACUUGAAGGCCGGACAAAAGGUUCUUGAUGUUGGCUGUGGGAUUGGAGGUGGAGAUUUCUACAUGGCCAAGACCUUUGGGGUGGAGGUUCUGGGCAUGGACCUGUCAUCAAACAUGGUGGAGAUCGCCAUGGAGAGAGCUGUCAAGGAGAAAGUCCCACUAGUGCAGUUUGAGGUUUCAGAUGCCACAAAAAGAAUGUUUCCUGACACCACAUUUGAUGUGGUCUACAGCAGAGAUAUGAUUUUGCACAUCAGUGACAAACUUGACCUCUUCAGAAAAUUUUAUUCAUGGCUGAAGUCGGGUGGGAAACUUCUGAUUAGUGACUACUGCUGUGGAGAGAAGCCUUGGUCUCCAGCGUUUGAGGAUUAUGUUAACCAGCGGGGAUAUAUACUCUACACACCUCAGAGAUAUGGACAAUUCCUGAGCGAGGUGGGAUUCAGUAAUGUUCACGCUGAGGACAGAACAGAACAAUUUAUUCAGGUCAUAAAGGCUGAACUGCAGAGAGCUGGGGAGAUGAAAGAGGAGUUUAUACAGGAGUUCUCCCAGGAAGCCUAUGAUGCCAUUGUAAAUGGAUGGACAGAAAAACUGCAGCGCUGUGAGACUGGAGACCAACGCUGGGGGCUUUUCUAUGCCACCAAAGAAUGAGAGAGAGGAGCAAUCCAACUACCGAUCAAAUUCAAAUCAAUACAUUUUAGAUGCUGUAUUAAACUCACUGUUCUGUCUGAUUCUGUGAAUUGCACAACAGUGCCGCAAGAUAUGAGUAUUUUCAGAGCUGUAAGAACAACAUACUGUUAUGCAGCAUAAAUUAAUAAAAUUCAACUUUUCUUUAUUA